CUUGCUUGCCUUUAGAGAGGCGUGAUGUCCUGGUCCUGCUCCGCAUGCACUUACAACAACACGAAGGGCAGCCAGUGUGAGAUGUGCGGCACUCCGCGGCAGGCCGUGCCUCAAGCCGUCCCGCAGGCCGUGCCCGUGCAGCCGGAGCAGGCUGCGAUGCAGAGAAUGAUCGUGACCGUGCCUUCGGGCGUCGGCGGAGGGCAGCCACUGCAGGUGCAGACUCCGUCCGGGCUGAUGCAGGUGACGGUGCCUUCGGGCCUGGCGGCGGGGCAGCAGUUUGAGAUGCUCGUGCCGAGCCCGCCGCCGGUCGCGACGCCGGCGCCGGUCGCUGUUGCCCAGCCUGCGGUCCCGCAGGUGGCUAUGGCCCAAGCGGCCCCGCCGCCGCAAUACGCACCGCCGUCACAGCAGCAGUAUGCGCCACCGCAGCAGCGGGUCGUGCACCACCACCACCAUGCGCAGCCGCAGCCGCACGUGGUGCACCAGGCGCCGCCCAUCUACGGCGGCUACGGCGGCUACGGCGGCUACGGCGGCUACGGCGGCUACGGCGGCUUUUACGGCGGUGGCUUUUACGGCGGUGGGUUUGGCGGAGGCGGCUUCACUUCGGGCCUCGUCGGCGGAAUGCUCCUUGGCAGCGCCCUCGACGGCUGCGACGGCGGGUUCGAUGGCGGGUUCGAUGGCGGGUUCGAUGGCGGGUGCGACGGCGGCUUCGACUAGCCCCGCCGGGAGGGGAGCACACUCACCUGCACAGAAUACUGAAUGCAUACGCCAGCAACAGCUUGCGUGUGUGCGCAUCUCGCGUGUCAAUUUGUGAUGCCUUGUAUCUCUCAGACCCGGAAGAGUUUUCGCGCGGUAGUUCUACCAACGGCUUACGCGUAAUCCACGCGCGGGGCUAUGUGAAUAUGUUCUUUGUCAGGCCGGGCCCGACCCGACCCUUCGCCUUCCGCGGUGGGGUACGGAGCGUCUUUAUGACAUGGUCUCAAGUUUGCGA